AUGAAUGAGGGGGGUGGUAAACGUUCGGAUGAUGAAGGGGAUGAUUUGUUAUGGAAUGAUUUUGAAAAUUGUGCUCAGUCAGUUACUAUACUCUAUCGGACUCCGUCAUGGAAGGCAAUGCAAACAGCGGCUGCCUACACCACACAACUAUAUAAAAGUAGUAUCGAACACAAGAAAAAAGCGUAUGAUCGUGGUGUGAUUUCGUCAUAUAGUGUAUUGAUUACAGGCUAUGUAGCUGGGAAACAAACUCUGGCACGUGAAAUUUAUGCGUUACGUCGUUACAACACAGUAUCCAUCGAUGAUGUGUGGAAGCUGCUGUCGAAAAUUGUUUGUGCUGCUGAAUACGGGUAUUGUUCUCGAAGUUCAACACCAGAACAAACUGAUAGUCCAGCAGUUUCAUUGUUUCAACAGGCACUGUGUAUACCUUCCAAUGUCGCUUCUCCACAACGUGCAACAGAGCUGAAUUCAUUUUUAUCACUUCAGCCACAAAACGAGCACAUUGAGUUACAUCGCAAACGUUGUGGACGUCGAUUCGAUCAUGAAGAAAGAGUAAGAAAGCGAAUAGCGCGGGGAGGACAUGAGCGUUCACAAUAUGCGAAGAAAGUUCGUGGUCGAAAAGCUAAAUUAUAUCAUAAAAAGCGUUACGCGGAGAAGGUGGAAAUGCGGCGGUUGCUUCGACAGCAUGAAGAGAAACAGCAAACAAAUACAAUUCAUGAUCCUAAUGAAGAUAGGGAACCUCAGUAUUUAAUUGACAGGGAAGAACAAGUGACUGGUAGUGUAUUAUCUUCAAUGGUCAAGCAAAAACGGAAAGAAAAAGCGGGAAAAUAUCAAGUACCUUUGCCAAAAAUCAAAGCAGUAAGUGAUUCAGAAGCUUUCAAAGUUGUCACUACGGGUAAAACGCGUCGAAAAGGUUGGAAGCGUAUGGUUACUAAGGUUACCUUUGUUGGUGAAUCAUUUACUCGGAAGCCGGCUAAGUUUGAACGGUUUAUCAGACCAAUGGGAUUGCGAUUUAAAAAAGCGCAUGUUACACAUCCUGAAUUGCAAGCAACGUUUCAUUUACCAAUUGUUGGAGUGAAGAAAAAUCCAUCUUCUUCACUUUAUACAUCUUUGGGUGUAAUCACGAAAGGAACAAUCAUUGAAGUUAAUAUAUCAGAGCUCGGUUUAGUCACUCAAGGUGGCAAAGUUGUGUGGGCAAAAUACGCGCAAGUUACAAAUAAUCCUGAAAAUGAUGGUUGCAUUAAUGCCGUAUUGUUAUUAUAA